GGCGGCGGCGGUGGAGGUGGUGGCAGCAGCGGCAGCGGCCGCGCCGCGCGUCUCGACGUGACAUUGUUUUCAUUUUGGGCGAAAGUCGGAGACGGAGCGGCGCUCUUCCUCAUGCUCGCCGACGCACGGCGCCCAACAGCAGCUACAGCUACAGCAGCAGCAACAGCAGCAGCAGCAGCUACAGCAGCAGCUACAGCAGCUACAGCAGCAGCUACAGCAGCAACUACAGCAGCAACUACAGCAGAAGCUACAGCAGCAACUGCAGCAGCUACAGCAGCAGAAGCUACAGCAGCAACUGCAGCAGCUACAGCAGCUACAGCAGCAGAAGCUGCAGUAGCUACAGCAGCUACAGCUACAUCAACUACAGAAGCAGCUACAGCAGCUACAGCAACAAAUACAGCUGCAGCUACAGCUACAUCAACUACAGAAGCAGCUACAGCUACAUCAACUACAGAAGCAGCUACAGCUACAUCAACUACAGAAGCAGCUACAGCUAAAACAGCAGCAGCUACAGCAGCUACAGCUAGAACAGCAGCAGCUACAACAGCAGCUACAACAGCAGCUACAGCAGAAGCUACAGCUAAUACAGCAGCUACAGCUCCAGCAGCUGGAACAGCAGCUACAGCUCCAGCAGCAGCAGCAGCAGCAUGUCCCGGCGCAAGCAGCACAAGCCGCUGCAGCUGGUGCCGCACGUGGCGAGGCAGCGGGGCGGACGCGCAGCGCGCGAUGUGGUGAUGGAGGACGACCCUCCGUCGUCGUCGUCGCCGCUCCCGCACCCGCCGCCAUCGCUGUGCGGCGCCACUUCGGAACCGGCGGCGGCGCCGGCGGCGGCGGCGCCGGCAGUGCCGGGGGGCGGCGGCGGCGCCCACUCGUGCGGGGCAUGCGGCACGGAGAUCGCCGACCUCUCCGACUUCCUGCGCCACCGCCUGGCCUGUUCGGCUUCGCGCCGCCCGCCCCCCGCGGAGGCGCCGCCCGGCCCUGACGCCGCCCUCGCUGAGGCCCUCGGCGGCCAGGCCACGGCGGCGGCGGGGGAGGCUGACGACGGCGAGGGGCGGGGGGGCGACGCGGAGGAGAAGAUGGAGGUGGACGGAGGAGCGGAGGUGACGGCGCUGCCGCCGGCGUCGGCGUCCAGACGUGGGGCCGGCGGCGGCGGCGUCACCCUGGAGGCACUGCUGGGCACGAGGGUGGCGGUGGCGCAGAUCUCGGAGCCGUGUGCCGGCGAGACGGACUCCGCCGACGAGGACGCGGAGCGCGGCGUCGCGUCGGCCGCGGCCGCCGGCCCCGGCGCCACCAUGACGUUCCCGCUCAUCCUGGAGCAGCUGACCGCCCUGCAGCAGCAGCAGAUGCACCAGCUGCACCUGCUGGAGCAGCUGAGGGGCCAGCUGGCGCUGCUGGCGCCGCAUAGCGUGUUUGGGUCGCUGCACGUGGGUCCCGUCAUGGCGCUGUCGUCGCAGAUCAGCCGGCGGCUCUCGGACUCGCAGGCGCUGGCCGGCCACGUGGCCCUGGCCUCCGAGCUGCUGGGCCGGCGGCCCUCCGAGUCGCUCGGCCUCGCGUCCCCGGCGUCGCACCCGGGCCGGCGCGUGUCGGAGGCGCACGCCGUGGCGAGCCAGAACGCCAGCUUCCCCAGCUCCCGGCAGCCGGUGCCUCGGAGCGCCGGCGCCGCCGACGGCGCGGGCCCCGGGGCGGCGACGCCGCAGAGCGCCCGGUCGCGCCGCGCCGGCUCGCCGGUCGGCACGAGCAGCAGCGCCGGCGGCGGCGCGGCCUCCUCGCGGCCCCUGAGCCCCCGCGCGGGCCUCGCCUCCGCGGCCUCCCUCGGCCAUGGACUCGGCCUGUUCGGCGCCUCCUCCGGCCUGGGCCUGUUUGGCCCCCAGCUGACGCAGUCCUUCGCGAACUCGGGCGGGAUCUUCCCCAGCCCGCUCAGCGGCAUGGCGGCGGUGGCGAUGGUCACCGACAACUCGCUGUCGAAGCUCGUCGGCAACGCCAAGACCCCCGCGGUGGCCGUCAAGGGCUCGGCGGAGGCGAAGGCUGCGGCGGAGGAGAGCUUCUUCCGCCACAAGUGCAAGUUCUGCUCGAAGGUGUUCGGCAGCGAGAGCGCGCUGCAGAUCCACCUGCGCUCGCACACGGGCGAGCGCCCCUUCAAGUGCAACAUCUGCGGCAACCGCUUCUCCACCAAGGGCAACCUCAAGGUCCACUUCCAGCGGCACAAGGACCGCUACCCGCACAUCCAGAUGAACCCCUUCCCCGUGCCCGAGCACCUGGACGGCGUGCAGACGAGCACGGGCAUCCCCUACGGGAUGUCCGUGCCGCCCGAGCCGCCCUCUGGCAGCUCCUCCUCGUCCUCCCCGUCGCUCUGGCUGGCGGAGACCAAGCUGGGCCCGCCGCCGCAGCAGCAGCAGCAGCAGGACCGGCCCGGCUCCCCUGGCACCCGCGGCGGCUGCCCCCGCACGCUCUCCCCUCCCGUGAGCGACGCGGCCACGGGCCUCGAUUCGCCGCCGCGGGGCGGCGACCGGGCUUCGGGGUCGCCGGGCCGCCGGGGUCAGGCAUCGGACGCGGCGCGGCACGACGAGGAGGAGGACGACCCGCCGGGCAUGCCGCGGGGAGGCCCCGCGGCCGCCAGGCCGGCCCGCGACGAGCCGUCGGCCGCCGCCCGCUUCCUGUCCGUCUCUUCGGAGGCGUUCGAAUGCAAGUUCCCGUUCGUGAGCGAGAGCUACCUGGACGCGGCGCACGCCUCGGAGACGUCCAAGCUGCAGAGGCUCGUGGAGACCAUCGACCGCGAGGCGACGGGCGACCCCAACCGGUGCGGCGUGUGCCACCGCGUGCUCAGCUGCCCGAGCGCGCUCAAGAUGCACCACCGCACGCACACGGGUGAGCGGCCGCACAAGUGCAAGGUGUGCGGCCGCGCCUUCACCACCAAGGGCAACCUCAAGACGCACCACGACGUCCACCGCGCCAAGCCGUCGCCGCUGCACGCCCUGCACUCGUGCCCCAUCUGCCAGAAGGGCUUCUCCGACGCCGUGGUGCUGCAGCAGCACGUGCGCAUGCACGUGGGCGGCCAGAUCCCGCUCAACCCGCUGCCCGAGCCCGGCGACGCCCGCUCGCCCUUCGAGGACCGCGACGACGCGGAGAGCCUCGGUGGAGACGCCGACGACAUGGAGGCAGAGGAGUGCGGCGAGGACGCGGGCCAGGGCCCCGCGCCCUCGCCGGCCGAGGGGACGCCGCCGCCGCCGCGGCCGGCGUCGUCCGCCGCCGCCCCGGGCCUGGCGACGCUCGAGAACCAGAUGAGGCUGGUGGAGUCGGCGCUGAACCGGCAGUCCCGGGACAACGACGACAACGACGGCGCCGACGACAACGACGACGGCGGCGGCGGAGGAGUGGGGGUGGAAGAUCACCGGGGCGGCGGGAGUCCGGCGACGCCCGAGUCGGCGUCUUCCUUCCACGUGCUGUCGCCCCCGAGCCUGCACUGGGCCACGGCCGACAUCGGGAAGGCGGCGCCGUUCGCUCCGCACGCGGCCGACGAGAAGCCGGCGCCGGCGGUGAAAGUGAAGCCCGAGCCGGAGGAGAAGCGCUCGCCGCCCUUCUUGAGCGAUGCCUCGUUCGGCUUCCUCCCCGCCGGCUUCGGCAAGAUGAUGUUCCGUGACGACGCGCUCAGCAUGCUGCUGCCCUUCAAGGAGCAAGGCCUGAAGUUCAUGCCUUCGCCCGCCUUCUUCAAGAUGGAGGAGUCCUUCCUGAGGCUGAGCGGUCGAGAUGGGGGCCCAGGCCCCGCUCACAGCCUGCCCCCGCUAGGAGGCCUGCACCCCUCUCACUCCCACCCGCACCCCCACCCGCACCACCAGCAGCACCACCACCACCAGCACCACCAGCACCACCACCACCCGCACCACCAGCACCACCACCAGCCGCCGCCGCAGGGCCCCCCUCCGCCGGCCGCGCCGCGCCGCUCCAGCAAGCAGCACACGUGCCUGACGUGCGGCAAGCCGUUCUCGUCGUCGAGCGCCCUGCAGAUCCACGAGCGCACGCACACCGGGGAGAAGCCCUUCGCCUGCAACGUGUGCGGACGGGCCUUCACCACCAAGGGCAACCUCAAGGUGCACAUGGGAACGCACAUGUGGAACAGCGCCCCGCAGAGGCGAGGCCGCCGCCUCUCCCUCGACUCUCCCGCCGCCGCCCUCCUCGGCGGCGCCGCCGACGCCUCCAAGUUCCCGGACGUCUUCCAGCUGAAGGAGUUCCACGCGGCGCGCCAGGCCGCCACGGACGCCGCCUUCUGGAACCAGUACGCGGCCGCGGCCGCCAUGGCCAACGGCGCGAUGGCCGCCCAGCACCACGGCCCCGCGCCACCGGGGGGGGCGGCGGCGUCGGUCCUCAAGCCGAACGAGAUCUCCGUCAUCCAGAACGGAGGCCCGGCGCCGCCCGGCGCGUUCUUGUCGUUGAGCGGCGUUGGAGGAGGAGGAGCUCCCCCGGCGUUCCUGCGCCUCGCCGGCGGGCCGAGCGCCGCGGAGCGCGUCGGGGUCGUGGCCGGGUCGGCGGUGCCGCCCACGUCAAUGCCUCCACCUCGGCUGGCCCCGUCGCUGGCCGGCACCGGCUCGGACGAUCUCGCCGCCGCCCCGGACGCUCGCGAGGACGCGGGGAGCGGCGACGACGACCGCGGCGACGACGACGACCGCGGUGACGACGGCGGAGGUGGCGGCAGCGGCAGCAGCGGCACCGGGAGCCCGCCGUGCCUCCAGGAGGAGCCGCGCGGGCCCAGCCCCGGGCGCGAGCGCAGGGAGGAGGAGGAGGACGACGCGGAUGAGGAGGAGAUGCCGGCCAUGACGGCGUACGGCGUGGGCACGGAGCCGGCGCGGGCGCUGGAGGCCACGCUGAGCCACCGCUUCGCUCGCUUCAUGGAGGACGGACACGAGCUCGGCGUCAACUGAGUCCGCCCGCCCCCCCACCUCGCUACCCCCCACCCGCUUUCAACGUGAUGCCGCCGAGACGCGCGACGGGUGGCCCGGGGCACGCAAGCGCUGUCCCCGCCGUGGUCGACGGAGGGCAGCUUCCUCGCCGCACGGCGGGGCGAGGGGCACGCCCGGGGCAGUGGCCCCUUCAGAGCGGAGAGAGAGAGAGAGAGGUGGGCACUGGCCGACCACGACGCGGUCGUCGCGGUCUCCCGCGUGGCUUUGCAGGACGCCGGAGCCUCGCGACUGUGAAUCGCAACUCGCAUUCGCUCUCUACUCUGAAGAAAUGCCUUAUCCUGAAGUGUUAUUAUCAUCAUCGUCACCACCAUUUGUUCGUCCGUUUUAAGGAGAGCUGCCAGAGUUGCACCGACUCUCUCUCUCUCUCGGCUCGUCGCGAGCGAACGAUUGUGUCAUCUGCUCCGCGGGCACCUGGCGUGGGUGCGGUGAGGCCUCCGUGACGGCGAUGCCAACGCGCGGCAUGGCAGCGCGCUGAGGGUGGGGGGGAGGGGUGGGGACCGCGGGGGUCGUUCGGGUCGGGACUCGGCCGACGGGGUAAACGUGGGAACACGGGGUGAGCCGCUAGUGGGGCCGCAGCUUCGCCAUCGCUUCCUUCCUUCUGCCAUACCCCACAGUCGACCGUGAUCGACCCUUCCGAGCGCCACGGCAACGUGGACUUGCGACGUGACGCCAUGUGUCCGUUACUACCCACCGCAACGCCUCUCUCAUUAUUCGCAACCGAGACGUCGAUGAAUCCGACGUAGUUAACGGUCCCCGGUGGAGCGGCGGGACAAGCGGUUGGCGUGCUGAGCUGCGUUCGAUUCCCCCUCCUCUCUUCAACCCGCGCUGACCGGCGUGGUGAAGUACGGUCGAAAGCCCCCCCCCCCUCCCGUGACCCAUAUGGCGUGGGAGAGACCUCCGUCGGUCGGCGGGAUGCAAAGCGGCUGUCAUGAACUACAAUGCAAGGGUGUGGGGCGAUGUUGUGGGGGUGCUGUAAUUUUGCACACUUCGUCUGCAUAACAAAUGUACAGCAACCGUCAAAGAAAAAAAACAGCAACAAACGCUUACGUUCGUUUCACCGAGCUCAAGUGUUUCUGUCGCUGCAGCUCACGGCGGCGAAAAUGUUUCCAAAAUGUGACCCCCCCCCCCUGCUCCCCGCGCAGUCUCCCCCUCGCCCCCCAACCCGAAGUUCACCUCCGCCGCGAGCUCACGCCGGGGGUGGUGGUGCGGGGGGGUCUGCGGGAACGGCUCGCCGGUUCUAUUCUUCAUCGCAUUUGUUCCCGGCAGUCGCCCUGGUUGCGUCACCAAAGAGCGCGUGGCCCGCACGUGAGGCGGACACUUGCAGACCCAAAAGGCCCCGGCGGGGUUGUUCACGCCGCCGUUGCGGGGAAUUGAGAGACGGGGGAUGGGGCUUCCUCCGCAUUCCCUGGCUUUUGCUCGAGGAGUCUCGGGCGGCUUUGCGUUCCUUUUACAGGAGCCACCGCAGCCGCUCUGGCUCCGCUGCGACGUGGAUACAUUCCAGCAUCUCGGAGGAUCGGGGAACGUCGGCUUCACCAUCCCCUUUAUUGCGUGGGACCGGGAGUCGCUUGAGAAGGAGAUCUCAGAAAUAGCUCCUUGAUACCCGUUGCCACGGCCAUUCGCUGACACGAAGGGCUCGCGCCGUGGUGCGAGCGUGAACCCGAACGCUUCAUCUCAGGACGUGAAGCCAGCGGAGAACACGAGAUCUCAGAGUGAUGACGACGUCGAUCUAGAGUUACGGCGAUCCUCGUUGCCCUGCCACAGACAAGUCCGCAGGCAGCAGCGACGAUGCAGACAGGCUCUGGGCGCCCGCCUCUGUGCCGUCGCUGCCCGCGGCCCUUGCUCGGCGGCUCGGCCUUUGCUGCCCAAGAGGAGGCCGCUCGAUCACGUCUCCAUACCCAGACCUCAACGCCUCGCGCACAAAAACAGCAACAACAACAGCAACGCUCAUAAUCGUCGAGCAUAUUUGGAAAUCGCGCCGUUCUUACAGAGCAAAAGGCUCACACCGGAAAGUGCCGCUGUGUGUCGUAGACGCAGGCUGCUGUAGUUUCACAAUCGUGGGGGGGGGGGGGGGGGGGGCGAUGUUGUUGCUGCUGCUGUUGUUGUGUGUGAUCCCAGUUGGAUAGUUUGCAGGAGACAUUUUUCAUAUCUGGCAAAUUUGGACCGUGACCCCGGUGCGCCACGGCCUGCGCUGUUCCAACGACGUCGCCAGAUCUUUAACGCCCGCCGUUAAGCCGACCGCACGGACUAUUUUACUCCGGUUCACACUGCUCACGCCCGCAGCAGCGUCAACCGGUGCCGCCCUGCGGGAUCAAACCCUGAACCUCCGCGACAAGUGGCAAAGCGCGCCGCCACCGCCGGACAAUGUCACAGCGGCCGCGGCACUGCCGGAGCGGAUACCGAGCCCAGUCACAAAGCCAGCGCCCCCAGCCCCUCCGAGUGGCGCCUCAAGCAACGGCGAGCGGCGAGAGGCCAAGCGCAGAGCCGCGGUCCUGUGCGACGCCUCUCCGUGCCGCAGAGGUCCUCACCAAGUCAUUCUCGUUGCAAGCGCGGCGAUUCUCACCUUCGCGGCGAGCUUUUUACAGCGUUCUAUUCGGUACGACGGUUCGUUUAGUCGCCUAGCUAGGUAGGUAGGUGUGCUGGCAAUUCGCGGUGUCCUGUGUGGUAGGUGUUAAUAACGCGGGAGAGUGGCCGUGAAGGCUGAGUUUGUAAUUUAUCUCCGUCGUGUUGAACCCGUGCCGUGCCCGGCACUGCAUGGAUUCAAUGAUAAUGAUUCGUGACUGUGCUGAGCCCACACUCUGUGGGUGUGGUAGCUUCUGCCGAGCGCGGCGCCACUCGUGCCCCGCAGCAAGAACACCCUGGGUUCGAUUCCCAACUCGGGAUGCUUUUCUGCGUGGAGUUUGUAAGCACUCGCCUUGUUCUGCACGGGUUUCCUCCGGGUUCUCUGCUUUCCUCGAACAACUAAACGCAAUCGAUGUCAUCGGUGCUGGCCAAACAUCGCAAUGGAGCAGGACCCUCUUGAGAAACAGAGCAUGCAGACUCAGGGGUGGCUUUCCCGGGUCAAUGUGUAGCAAGCAGUAUUGUCAUUCCACAAGUUCGAACUGAGAUUGGCGGAACUUGAUGCAGCAAUUUGCGAUGGCUGGGUCCGCUCAGCACGAGCCUCAGACUCGCCGCUACAUCGCCGCUGCCGCCGCCGCCGCUGCUACUACUGCGAUUGGAGGCUUGCAACGACAGCUACACUCUGUCCAACUUCCCGAGAACAGAGUCUCUGGUAGCAGAACCGCCGUUCUGCUCGUGUGGGGCUACUUCACUGGGGUCGCGGCGGCCACCUUGGUUGGUGCUGCCGUUGCCCCCGUGCGCUGCUCCUGUGGGUUGUUGUUGUUGCCGUGGAUGCCGACACAAGUCGGGGAGUCGCGAGGCUCUCGGCCGCCGCCCCCGUGUAAAGUCGCGAAACCCUCGGCGGCGGCGUCGGCGGUCGGGACGAGGUGCGGCGGAGCGAUAGGGUAGCAGUGGACAGUCCCUGACCAAAGUUGUACGCGACGUGGAUUUUCGUGGGGUGGGCGCGGAGGGAACGGCGUCACGUCGUGUCUCGCGCGUGUUGCGAGCAGUGUUAUUUUAUUGUGAAAGAGGCGACGGUUUGCACGCACGCGCACACACACGAACACGUGCGGACUCACGGACACGCACAGGGCAGUGCGUCGUCCCCCGGAUUGGCCGACAGCGUUCGGGCUGCGACCCGCACGCGCCGUGCCUCCGCCGUGCCUCCGCCGUGCUGGAGGCACGCACAGCGGCAGCGCGGCCUCCAUGCCAAGGAGCCCGAGGGUCCGGCCGAGGGGCGUCGAGUGCCUGCUUGCACCUCGUUCUACGGCAGUUGUCACCCGCACGACGCUUUUGACCCCGGGUUUAAAACAUAUAUACACACACAUAUAUACAUCGAUAUAAACAACAAACCCCGAUAACGUCGUCGAGUGGUGGGAACCCCCCGCCGCAGCUGAACCCCCCGGCAGGCAAUGGGAUCCCCCCCCCCCCCGCGUCCGGGUCACUCUCCCUGGCACGGGGAGCGGCUGCGCCCUGCGUUGCGUUGCAUUCACGAAGCACAUUCACACCCGAUCACGCUGGAGGAGUCCAGAAGAUGCGUAGCGGACUUUAUGGAUCGCCUACCCCCCCGCCCCCACCACUUCCAUGUCCGCUAGCUCGGGUGAACGCACGCGGUGCAACCGGUGAAUUGAAGUGACAAACGGCUGAAGUAUUUUGUUUUAUUGCAGUUGGACGAACGCACUUUAGAAUGUCUGUGAAGCGCGAGUCGCGGUAUUAGUGUGGGCUCCGUUGGCCUUGAGCGUGACUCUCGGCGCGGCGCUGAGGCCCCCCCCCCCGCUCCUCGCGGACGGGAGAGGGCGGCGCGUGUCACGGGGUCCCGGGAGCCCGGAGGUCCGGGAGUCGUCCCCACGGCAGCCAGCCCUGGCGUGUUUCUACUCCGUUUUUGUUGCUUUCAAGAGUCCUGCGACGCUCGGUGUGGCCACGGCCGAGGCAGGGACGGCGGCGGUUCCACCGAGUCGUCGAUUGUCAGCUGCCCGAGUCGGCCUCUGGAAAACUUCCACGUCGAUGCCUCCCGGUGACGCUCAUUUCAAUGAGACGAUUACGAAAUCACCUGGGCUGGGAUCGCGCAGUCGCUUCCACAGCUCCCUGUGGAGCUGGCGUCUGAACUAAAAAAAACGGAACAAUGUUUAUUUUUAUUUAUUUCACAAGGCCCACUGAGCUAUACAGCUUUUUUUCAGAAGUGACCUGGCCACAAUUGACAGCCCGACGAAGUGGCUCACAACGUGGAAAUUGAUAGCAGCCAAAUACUCUAAAUGCGGGAUGUUGAUUCUAAACGCGUGGGGGAAAACUGGAGGACCCAGAGAAAAAUCCACGCGACCACGGGGAGAGACACGCAAACUCCAAAUAUACAGCAGGCAUCAGGGUCGGGAUCGAACCCACGACCUCCUGCAUGCCAGGCGAGGUAGUUAACAUCUCGCCACUGUGGCUGACCUGGUGAUCGUAACUCCACGGCGUCGUCUUCCCCGCGUGCGCGCAGUGAUUCCUUCGGAAGCUGACGGUGGCGUCUGUCAGAAGACGUCCACUGUCCCUCCGCGUGCUCCGGUUUCCUCCCACGUGACUGUACACACUCACUACUUGGCUGAAAACACCUUGAUAUGUAGAGAACUGCAGAACGAUUGUCGGCGCCGCCUCGCCGCCUGGCGACCUGCCAGCUUUUGCUCGCGAUCCCUCGGGGGUUGUGAGAACGGCGCGAGAUAAAAUCAUGAGGGUUGUUUUUUUUCUUAAUUCCGAACAAGUUCUGAGUAAAAUCCGUGUUUCGAGACUACGCAAAAGCUGCAGCCAAUUGUACAGAGCCCUUGCCUCGUUGGAAUCCGGAACCCAGCCCACGGAUUUGUUUGUGUGCAAGCCUCUACUUGUCGAGGUAUAUUCACAGAGGUAGAGAUACCCGCAGUUUCAUGGGAAGUUAACAGGAUGAUUGGUUCAUCGCCCUUAGACAUUUAAGACAUUUGAAAGGAACCAACUUCAAAGAUUACAACGAAGCCUUGUUUGCACUCCGAGCACUGCAAAGUUCAGGUGAAUAUAAUGGGAUUAACGUCCCCUCAAUAUGAGUCGCUCACUUCACUGUUCACGCGACGUUCCCAUCCUGGGACGAGCUGUGGCAGUGAAAUGAAUCAAAGAUGAAGGUUGUUACAGGAACAGCCUCGAUUGGGCAUCGCAUCCGCAGUGCCGCGACAAUGCGAAGUGGAACACUGGGCUACCAACGGCGUUUGGCCUUUUGUGGCCACAACCUGCUGAUGAGCACACCACUCUACGAGAUGAAAUCCGCAUUUACCCACACAGCAAGUGAACAAGCGAACACCCGUCUUAUUUAUUGCAUUGUUGGUGUCUCCGUGUUGUUCCGCAGCAACAGUGCGCCGCAGAGUUUGAAUGUGAAGCAGAUCAGUAUUACUCCUAUUGUUACGAUUGUACUAUUCCUACACCACCAGGGGGGCAGCCAGGCCUGGACACACCCCCAGGGUCGCGGGGCAGUUCCCAGUCCUCGAGUCCUGGCUGAGUGUCCACCAGCGGUGCCGCGAGUGUUCACCCACGCUGAGUGUUCACCCACGGGGCCACGAGUGUGCAGCCCGAGUCGGUGCACCAUCGCCCCGGCGCACGCUGCGUUGCUGCUUGUCCUCCUUGCGUCGUUGCCAGAUUAGAGCUGUUAAGAGUUUUAUUUUUGGAAGUAUUGAGCGUUGAUGUCACACUACUGUUUCGUGAGAGCGUGCGUGAGCCGCAGAGCUCUGAGACCCACCUCUACUUCGCGAACGCGCGUGAGAUUUCUCGUGGAUAUUUAGGCCAGAAUUUGGCCUUUGGUGGUGUCGGGCAUUUUUGCAUUGGAAUCCCGACUGCCGAAUGUCCCAGUGGUGGCAUCAGCGACGAGACACAGAGCACAUCCAUGCCCAUUGGUAGCACUCCCCCAACAGCAGCAGAGCAGCCCUCUGCCACUUUGGAACAUCUGGACAUUUUAAAGCAAUUCUUCAUCUGACAUCCUUGAAAGGGCCUAUCUUUCCACAGCCCGUAGACUCUGUAGCCAUGCAGGGCGGGUGGUUCGCUCUCUGUCUCUCUCCUGACUACGCCCCUCCUUCCUGGCUUUGACAGAGAUUCAAAACGCGAAACUGGAUUCCAUGCGAUGGCUCGAAGUGCAUUCCAUGGCUGAGGGCCUCAAACUCGCGCGAUGACCCCGGGGCCCGCGUUCAUCUCGGGGCCCGCGGCCACCGUGCGCCGCCGUAGGAAAGACUUCUCACUCCCGACAUUUGGCAACCGCGGGAUGGCUGCGUGAUUUCCGAGCUUUCGGAGAACGCAAUACCGUCGGUGCAAGUGUGCCCGAGUGACUCCCAGCAGAGUCACCGAUGUCGACGAUCACACCGAGCGACCAAAUGGCAUCGUGGGCGAGGUUUCUAAACAAGAGCUGCUUCUCACGCGCGAGUGUCGUUCUGCUACCGACGGAGUCGUUGUGAAUGCCGCUUGCAGCUCCCCCCCUCCCCCACCGCGUUGUGGCUGCGUCGUGGGUGGAGGACCGCCGGCCACCGCGAGACGCGCCGCGUGCUCGCUCGUCACGUGCUCACUCACGUGACCCCUGACCUACCUCAGUUACACAGCAAACGUGGCUUGUGAAAUUGUGCGUUACCGCUCGCUGUAUAUAUUUACGCGCACGCGCGCGUGUACCCGUCGUGUGUGAACACGCGUGGAAAGCGGCUGAUGGACGGAGCGUCUUCUUGUCAAUGUGACGUGGGGGCGGUGAUUAUUCGUUUGUGAACAGAACCGGUGCUUGGUGGGGGGGGGUUUUGUUUGUUUGUUGUUGCAGUGGUCGCGGCCGAAGUGCCACCCUUUUAACGGGAGAGUCCGAAUGUGAUUCAUCACCCUGGAGGUGCAGACCAUUUGGAUGCCUUUGCAGCACGAAGCACGUCCGCUGAGCGUGAUCGGCCACCGCUAUCGAGGUGCUCCGAGCGAGGGGGCCGCCGUCUCCAAGCUGCACGUGACGAGGGAAACGCAACGCAGUUGACGCACGUCAUCCGUUAAACAGCUAUCGCAUUGCAGCAGUGGUUAUUGAUUAUAAAUGCAUUUGAAUCUUGGUACAUCAAUGGCGCAUAAUUUCAAACCGAUCACAUGACGUUUAGAUUUGAGGUCUCCGCAGCCUUGAUUAUAAUUCAUUUUUAGACUUUAUUCGGUUAUAACGUUUAACAAUGAAUACAUUAAACUUGGUCACACAUCCCAAUAUUGACUCCUGGAGGAAAAAAAAAAACAACCCGAGUCACAUGAAGCUGGGGGAGGCCACUCAUUGGGAAUAAACCGCGGUCGAUGAUAACCGCAUUUUUGUUCACCUCGAAGCGCCACUUUUCCCGAUCACCAUAACACGAUGAUCAUGAUCAGCCAACCGAAGCGCGUGCGUAACCCUCCAGAACCUGCGCAAUUCGGAGAACGCGUCCGCGAUUGGAGUGAAGCGGCAGCUUGAAAGAACGGAGCCACGAUAGCGAGCAGCAGUAGCAGCAGCAGCAGCAGUCGACGGCGGACAUACUUGGUGACGUCACAAUGCAUCCACGUGCUCUGGAGCUGCACGCGACGAGAGGGGCUUGAGCGCUCACACUCUGGGUGGCGUGGCAUACAUCUGCCGGGAGGUUGCUAUAUCCGCCUCCUUACAGAAUGUUCAAUUCCCACGUGCGUAUCGUGGGUAGGUGACGAGAGUGUGUGUGUGUGUGAUUGAGGGAUCAGUUGUUGUUCGCCGCUACGGUCAUCGAUCAAAGCUUCAGACACCACCGACACAAUCUAAAAUGUAGUGUGUUCACCAAACGCAGCAGGCGGGCGGAUCGCCCUGUGUGUGUGUCCGUGUGAUGGUGACGCGUGUAGCUAGCUAGAGUUGUACGUCCUGACCCUCCAGGGGAUCGAGCUGCAGUCCACGAGUCGCAGUUGUCGGUGGCGCACGUGCGUUUCAGUGUCCCUCACGUGGGCUCUGGUCUCGCACCCUCCCCACUCGUCUGCCGCUAUCUGCUCGUUCCAUGUCGUCUGUGAAGGCAGCGGUGUUGUUGUUGUUGUUUCAUUUGUAGAGUU